UUUCCAAUUGUACCCUGUCCAGAAAGUAUUGUACAAUUACUUCUGGAACGGAGGAAAAAGCUCAGCAGAAGAGAUACUGUAAGAAAGGCUCACUGUAGCAAGGGGCGCACGUUAACCUAACCCCUUCGCACGGCUCAAGUUAGCGAAGACCAAUGCACAACUCCACCUAUGUCCCCGCUCCAUCUCUUCUUCCCCUUAUCUCUCCCCCACCCGUCACACUUCUCUCUCUCUCUAGGGUUAGGGCUCAUUCCGCAUCUUCUCCACCGCCUCUUUUCCGCCCACCCUACCGUAAAAACUUCUCCUUUUAAAAAUUCGUCGCCCCCAAAUGCCCGUCGCUGAAUUCUGGUUCCAUCGAUGUGCUAUCAGUAACAGAGCUUAUGGACUCCAAGCGGAAGUACUCUUACGCGAAUCUUUUCAAUCUUGAGCCUUUGAUGAACUUUCAACUGCCGAAACAAGAUGAAGAUUUUGAUUAUUAUGCAAAUAGUAGUCAGGAUGAGAGCAGAGGUAGCCAAGGGGAUCAUAUGAAUGGAAUAAUGGCAGAGAGGGGGUUUAAGAAGAAGAGACGAGGUGCUUACAGUAGCGAAGAAGAAGAAACUGGUAGUUAUAGUCCAUAUAUUUCGGAGGAAAGAUAUCGAGCAAUGCUGGGAGAUCAUAUUCAGAAGUAUAAGAGGAGGCAGAAUUACACUUCUCAAAGUCCUGCUCCGACAAGAACUGGGACAACGACGAUGAAAAACAGUGUAGUUCUGAAAGAUCACAAACUAACGAAUGAUAACAGAGGAUUGCUGCACAAGUUUGAAUCCACGUCAGAUUAUCCCAACAAUAGUAAUUCCCAGAAAUUUGGAGGUUAUCCGGAACCAGAUCUUGGGUUGCAAUAUGGUGCUUCCAGACCAAAUCUUGAACCUGCAUAUCUGGAUAUUGGGGAUGGCAUCACUUAUAGGAUUCCUCUUCCAUACGAAAAGCUCUCAUCAUCCCUCAAUUUGCCAAGUAUGUCUGAUAUCCGGGUGGAGGAAUUUUACCUAAAGGGUACCCUUGAUUUGGGGUCAUUAGCUGCGAUGAUGGCUUCUGAUAACUGGUUUCAGCAGAGAAUUAGUUCAGGGAUGGGUGACUCCAAGCCCCAGUAUGAAUCACUUCAGGAUAAACUGAAAGACCAGCAGAUCAAUAACUCUGCUGAAAACUUUUGCCUUCAAAUAAGUGAAGCUGCACUGCAAUCCAAUGGCAUCCCAGAAGGGGCAGCUGGAGGGAUUAGGCGAUCCAUUUUGUCGGACGGUGGUAUUUUGCAGGUUUUUUAUGUGAAAGUUUUGGAGAAAGGGGAUACCUACGAGAUUAUUGAGCGCAGUUUACCCAAAAAGCCAAAGGUGAAGAAAGACCCUUCUGUUAUUGAGAGGGAAGAAAUGGAAAAGAUAAGUAAACAUUGGGUUAAUAUAGCAAGGAAAGAUAUUCCGAAACAACACAGAAUUUUCAUCAAUUUCCACAAAAAGCAAUUAACCGACGCAAAAAGGAUCUCCGAUACCUGUCAAAGAGAGGUAAAAAUGAAGGUUAGCAGAUCCCUUAAAUUGAUGAGGGGUGCUGCAUUUCGGACAAGGAAACUAGCUAGAGACAUGCUAGUAUUUUGGAAGAGAGUUGACAAGGAGAUGGCGGAAGUGAGGAAAAGAGAGGAAAAAGAAGCUGCAGAAGCUCUAAAACGAGAACAGGAACUUCGUGAAGCAAAGAGGCAACAACAAAGGCUCAACUUUCUGCUGUCACAGACAGAGCUUUAUAGUCAUUUCAUGCAGAAUAAGACCUCACAGCCCUCUGAAUUGGGUGAAGAAAAAUCUGGUGACCUAGAAAUGGCUUCAGAAGCUCAGCAGGAGGAAGAGGACCCCGAAGAUGCUGAACUGAGAAGGGAAGCUCUGAGAGCUGCCCAUGAUGCAGUUUCGAAGCAAAAAAUGAUUACAAAUGCAUUUGAUAAUGACUGCUUAAAGUUUCGGUUAGCUGCAGACGCUGAGGCCCCUCUUCAAGAUGAGUCUAGCAACAUUGAUUUGCUUCAUCCAUCAACCAUGCCCGUGGCAUCGACAGUGCAAACACCCGAGUUGUUCAAGGGUUCCCUGAAAGAAUAUCAGUUAAAAGGCCUACAGUGGCUUGUUAAUUGUUAUGAGCAGGGCUUAAAUGGUAUUCUUGCUGAUGAGAUGGGACUUGGAAAGACAAUUCAAGCCAUGGCAUUCUUGGCUCAUUUGGCCGAGGAGAAGAAUAUAUGGGGGCCUUUUUUGGUUGUUGCUCCUGCUUCUGUCUUGAAUAACUGGGCUGAUGAAAUCAGUCGUUUCUGCCCUGACUUGAAGACUCUUCCAUAUUGGGGUGGUCUUCAGGAGCGUACGAUACUUAGGAAGAACAUUAAUCCUAAGCGUCUCUAUCGAAGGGAGGCUGGAUUUCACAUUCUCAUUACCAGUUACCAGCUGCUAGUGUCUGAUGAGAAGUACUUUCGUCGUGUAAAAUGGCAAUACAUGGUGUUGGAUGAAGCUCAGGCAAUUAAAAGUUCUAACAGUAUAAGAUGGAAGACACUGCUCAGUUUCAAUUGUCGGAACCGCUUGCUUCUGACUGGUACUCCAAUUCAAAAUAACAUGGCUGAACUGUGGGCGCUCCUACAUUUCAUUAUGCCAACUUUAUUUGAUAGUCAUGAACAAUUCAAUGAGUGGUUUUCAAAAGGAAUCGAGAGUCAUGCAGAGCACGGUGGGACGUUAAACGAGCACCAGCUUAAUCGAUUGCAUGCAAUUCUGAAACCUUUUAUGCUGCGGCGGGUUAAGAAAGAUGUGGUCUCUGAGCUGACAGGAAAAACCGAGGUUAUGGUGCACUGUAAACUAAGUUCUCGGCAGCAUGCUUUCUAUCAAGCUAUAAAGAACAAGAUAUCCCUUUCUGAGUUGUUUGAUGGAAAUCGUGGACAUCUUAAUGAGAAAAAAAUUCUGAAUCUGAUGAACAUCGUCAUUCAGCUGAGGAAGGUGUGCAAUCAUCCAGAAUUAUUUGAGAGAAAUGAGGGAAGCUCAUAUUUCCAUUUCGGGGAGAUUCAAAAUUCUCUUCUCCCUGCUCCAUUUGGUGAACUAGAAGAGGUUUUCUGUUCUGGCAGUAGAAAUCCUAUCGUGUAUGAGAUACCCAAACUGGUCUACCAAGAAGUUGUUGACGGUCCCAACAUUCAAAUUUCAGAAGCUGGUCAAAGGUUAAGUCGAGAGUCAUUCGAGAAGCAUUUUAACAUAUUCUCUCCAGAAAAUAUAUUUCAUUCCACACUCCAACAAAGUGGAACAUUUGGAUUCGCCCGCUUUGUCGAUUUAUCACCAGCCGAGGUAUCGUUCGUGGCAACUAGUUCAUUCAUGGAGAGAUUAUUGUUCUCGGUUAUGAGAUCGGAGGAAAUGUUCGACCUUUUGACGGAGAGCAGUGAUGACGACAUCGAAUGUGCUCGUAUUGGAAAGGAAAAAGUACGAGCAGUAACACGAAUGUUGCUAUUACCAAGUAAAUCAGAGACCGAUUUACUUAGAAGAAAGCUUGCAACAGGUCCUUCGGAUGCUCCAUUCGAGGCUCUAAUCGUACCUCAUCAAGAUAGGCUUCUAUGCGAUGUCAAGCUUGUGCAUUCAGUGUACUCUUUCAUUCCAAGAACUAGAGCACCUCCAAUAAAUGCGCAUUGCUCAGAUAGAAAUUUUGCGUACAAGAUGAAUGAAGAGUGGCAUAACCCUUGGCUUAAGAGGAUGUUGAUUGGAUUUGCACGUACAUCUGAUUGUAACGGCCCCAAUAAGCCCAUUCGCCCUCACAAAUUAAUACAAGAAAUCGACGCUGAAUUACCUGUUUCAAAACCUGCUCUUCAACUUACCUAUGAGAUAUUCGGAUCUUGUCCACCUAUGCAACCGUUUGACCCUGCAAAGAUGCUCACGGAUUCUGGGAAGCUUCAAACCCUUGAUAUACUGCUAAAACGUCUACGAGCAGGAAAUCACCGUGUUCUUCUUUUUGCUCAGAUGACAAAAAUGCUUAAUAUCAUUGAGGAUUAUAUGAAUUAUAGGAAAUACCGAUACUUGAGGCUUGACGGGUCAUCCACGAUAAUGGACCGUCGAGACAUGGUGAAAGAUUUCCAGCACAGGAGCGAUAUUUUUGUGUUCUUGCUGAGCACAAGAGCUGGUGGGCUUGGAAUCAACUUGACAGCUGCAGACACUGUCAUAUUUUACGAAAGUGAUUGGAAUCCAACUUUGGAUUUACAGGCCAUGGAUAGAGCUCAUCGUCUCGGUCAAACUAAGGAUGUAACUGUGUACCGCCUAAUAUGUAGAGAGACGGUUGAGGAAAAGAUUCUGCAGAGAGCCAAUCAGAAGAACACAGUUCAGCAGCUUGUAAUGACAGGUGGCCAUGUUCAGGGUGAUCUUUUGGCUCCUGAAGAUGUUGUAUCAUUAUUAAUCGACGAUGCUCAAUUGGACCAGAAACUCAAACAAGUUUCGCAACAGGCUAAAGAUAGACAGAAGAAGAAAGGUGGCGCCAAAGGCAUACGUAUUGACUCAGAAGGCGGUGCUUCUUUGGAGGAUCUUGCAAACAUCGAAUUGCAGGAUAAUAAUGAAUCUGAGCUGCCCGAUCCCGACAAAUCAAAGUUCAGCAGCAAAAAGAGGAAAGCUGCUACAGAAAAGUCAACGCAGUCAAAACCGAGGCCACAAAAGGGUUCUAAACAGUUGUCUCCAAAACCGACAACAACAAUGGACUACGAAAUCGACGAGCCCCCACAGAACACCGACACACAAAGACCAAAGAGGUUGAAAAGACCGACAAAGAGUGUAAACGAGAAUAUAGAACCGGCAUUCACAGCUGCUACUACUGCUAAUGUAUUUCAUCAGAGCUCUGAAAAUUUAGCUGCUGAAUAAAAACAGCUGGAUUGGAUUGAAAAAGCUUUGGAAAAGAGUAGCUGCUCAAAAAGACUGUACUAUAUAUGCUAAUGUAUUGGACAGUGGGCUUAACUUGUAGUACCUUGGAACUGAGGUUUAUACUGUGCUGUGCCAUAAUGGGUGAAAAAAAAAAUAGAGGGGAAUUUUGUAUAGUAGUGUUGUACAGAUUUAUUUUUUUAGGAUUUUACUAUUGCCAGUUUUUUUUUCUGGUUUUACUCUUAUGUAAGAGAAAAAUAGUUGGAAUGUAUAGCUGGAUAAUUAUUAAUUAUACUUAUUUCCCCAUUAUCUUUAACCCAAUUAUCAAUUUUAA